AUGACCACAAACCCCACGACCAGCGGCGAGCGCUUCUCCGCUGCCGCGUUCGAGAACGAUGGCAGGCACCACAUUCUCCUCGGGGCGAGCGGCUCCGUCGCAACCAUCAAGAUCCCUCUAAUAGCCCAGGCACUCGGCUCCCAUGCCAACGUAUCCAUCCGUAUCGUGCUCACCGAAGCGGCCGAGCAGUUCUUGCAAGGCCAAUCGUCGGAACAGCCGACGCUAUCGUCGCUGAUCAACCUCCCAAACGUCGACGGGAUCUACCAUGACGACGAUGAAUGGUCGAAACCCUGGGUCCGCGGCGACAAGAUCCUGCACAUCGAACUGCGGCGCUGGGCGCACGUGCUCGUCGUGGCCCCCUUGUCGGCCAACAGCUUGGCCAAGAUGGUCAACGGCAUGAGCGACGGGUUGCUCCUCAACGUCAUCCGCGCGUGGGAUACCACGGGGCUGAUUGACAUGCGGAAGAAGAGGAUCUUCGUGGCGCCGGCGAUGAAUACCGCCAUGUGGAGGCAUCCUAUCACGAGGAAGCAGAUCAAGGUACUAGACGAGGACUGGGGUGAGAGUGAAGACGGAUGGGUCACGAUCCUAAGACCUACGGAGAAGGAGUUGGCUUGUGGGGAUACGGGCGAUGGGGCGAUGAUGGACUGGAAGCAGAUUGUCGCGCGUGUGGGGGAGUAUUUGACGUUAGGGGAAGAGGGAGACGAGGUGAACGGAGUUUGA